AUGAAUGAUUUGUUUUCCUCCGAUUCCUUCCGUCGGGAUCCGCACCACCACUCCGUCGAGAUGGCCCCCGACGUUCCGUCGUCAACGACUAUCAAUCUCAACAAUUUCUUUGAAGAUGUCGAGUCCGUGAAAGCGGAAUUGGCGGAGCUUGAACGCCUCCAUCGAAGCCUCCAGAAUUCUCAUGAACAUAGUAAGACUUUGCAUAACUCGAAGGCGAUUAAGGAUCUUCGAUCUCGAAUGGAAUCAGAUUUGACUUUGGCUUUGAAGAAAGCUAGGUUUAUCAAGCUUCGAUUGGAGGAACUCGACCGGUCCAAUAUCGAGAAUCGAAAUCUUCCUGGUUGUGGGUAUGGCUCCUCUGCUGACCGGUCUAGAACUUCCGUCGUCAAUGGAUUGAGGAAGAAUCUUUGUGAUUCGAUGGAGAAUUUCAACCGGUUGAGAGAGGAGAUCUCGUCGACGUAUAAGGAGACAAUCGAACGAAGAUAUUUUACGAUUACAGGGGAGAAUCCCGAUGAGAAGACGAUCGAUCUCUUGAUCUCUACAGGUGAAAGCGAGACAUUCCUACAAAAAGCUAUACAAAAGCAAGGAAAAGGCAAAGUUCUCGAAACAAUCCAAGAGAUUCAAGAAAGACACGACGCAGUGAAAGACAUUGAGAAGAACCUGAAAGAGCUACACCAAGUGUUCAUGGACAUGGCGGUACUAGUCCAAACGCAAGGGCAACAUUUGGACGACAUUGAGAGCCAAGUGACUCGAGCCAACUCAGCCAUCAAGCGCGGUGCCACUGAGCUACAAACCGCAAGACACUACCAAAAAAACACGAGAAAAUGGAUGUGCAUAGGCGGUGCUGCUUUUAUAUUUAUCCUCUUCAUCAUUAUUCUUUCUGUCGUCCUCGCCAACAAGAAGUAA